AUGGGGAACCACACCACUGUCACCGAGUUCGUCCUGCUGGGGCUCUCAGAUGCCUGUGAGCUGCAGAUGCUCAUCUUCCUGGGGCUCCUCCUGACCUACCUCCUCACUCUGCUGGGGAAUCUCCUCAUUGUGGUCAUCACCCUUAUGGACAGGCGCCUCCACACCCCCAUGUACUACUUCCUUCGCAACUUUGCUGUCCUGGAGAUCUGGUUCACCUCGGUCAUCUUCCCCAAGAUGCUGACCAACAUCCUGAGUGGAUACAAGACCAUCUCCCUAGCAGGCUGUUUCCUACAGAGUUUCCUCUAUUUCUUCCUGGGCACCACGGAGUUCUUCCUACUGGCGGUGAUGUCCUUUGACAGGUAUGUGGCCAUAUGUAAUCCCUUACGUUAUGCUACCAUCAUGAGUAAAAGGGUCUGCAUCCAGCUAGUUCUUUGCUCAUGGACAGCGGGAUUCAUUCUCAUCAUAGGUCCAAGUUUAAUCAUAUUUCAGCAGCCAUUCUGUGGCCCCAAUAUCAUUAAUCAUUUCUUCUGUGACAACUUUCCACUCCUCAAACUCAUAUGUGCAGACACAAGUCUGAUAGAGCUUCUGGGUUUUAUUGUGGCCAACUUCAAUUUGCUGGGUACGUUGUGUGUGACGGCCACCUGCUAUGGCCACAUCCUACACAGCAUCCUGCGUAUCCCCUCAGCCAGGGAGAGGCAGAAGGCCUUCUCAACCUGCUCCUCCCACAUCAUCGUCGUGUCUCUUUUCUAUGGCAGCUGCAUCUUCAUGUAUGUCCGGUCAGGCAAGGGUGACCAAGGGAAGGACAGGAAUAAGGUGGUGGCCUUGCUCAACACUGUGGUGACCCCGAUGCUCAAUCCCUUCAUCUACACACUGAGGAACAAACAGGUGAAGCGGGUGUUUAGCGAGAAAAUGAGCAAGCUCCUCUCAUAA